AUGUCUUCUAGGAAGAAAGCAACGAUUACGACAUGUGAGAAGUGCAAAUGUACGACGCUAGUAAAAGACAGUAAACAUCAUGCUGAUCUAUGCUCAUCUGUACCAGACAAUUGGGAGAUGUCUUUGAUAAAGCCGCGCUGUUUGAUGAAAGGAUUUGCUGUACAGCUCGAGAAUUUGGAAGAAUAUCUUCCACCAAACGCCGGUGGUUGGCUUCGCAGGCAUUCCGUUCUCAUUCAUCCUCAAGCUAUGGAGAUAUUGGAGGUGACAGCAAGGCAACCGGUUCGCAUCGUCACUCCAUCUUAUGACUGUAUUGGAGUUAUUUGGCCAUGUAAGGAAUUAGGAGUAUUGCGAUUAUCACUGAGUGAAGAAAGUCCACCUCGUGAGAAGCUCAUCUCUGUCAUACCCAUCUGGAGUCCGCUUCAUCUUCAAAGGAUUUCGGUUUCUCUCGAAACUAUUCCUCAUCGAGUCAACGAUUCUCUUAAAGAUUAUAUACAGAUGUACUUGACUAACGCUUACGUACAACCUGGACUGGUCAUUCCCAUCAGUUAUUAUGGGAAAGUUAUUCGUGUAAUUCCAGAAGUUCCGCUGGAUAUUUCUGUUAAAAACAUGUCACUGGAGGAUGGAGAAUUGGAGUCAGAACCGGUUGUCUUCUUAGCUGCUGAUUGCACUGUUAGUAUUUCGAUCUCCAGCUCUGAAUCAACUUUACUAAAGGAUCACAUCUCUGCACUAUUAUCAAUAGGAGGCAUGCACACGGCUAAGAAAACCCUACUGGAUUUUGUUUUAACCCCAUUCUUAAAUGAAGGAACUUGCUGUUCACUGUUGUUAUGGGGUUUGCCUGGAAGUGGAAAGACGCUUUUACUUUCGACCGUAGCCAAAAUAUUGGGUGGAUCUGCGUACUACUUUCAGAUAGAGAUUGAUGUGCCUAUGGAAAAGGAGCGCCUGGAAAUUUUGCGAUCAUUAACGGAAGCGUUUUCUGACGACAUUCUUGUCGAAAUGUCAAAACGGACGCACGGUUUCACAGGAGGUGAUCUAAAGUCGCUCAUCAUUGUGUCACAUUUCAUUGAAGCACAUAAUGACACUGAACGACUUGAAUUGGCACGCAGACGAGUUCGACCAACGGGAAUCCGCCAGUUCAUUUUAGAAGUGCCUCAUGUCUCUUGGGAAGAUAUUGGAGGCUGUGAAGAAUUGAAGCUUGAGAUUCAGCAGGCUGUAACCUGGCCCCAGCAACACAGAGAGUCAUUUGAACGACUGGGAAUUGAUCCUCCAUCAGGUAUUCUUCUGUAUGGCCCACCUGGUUGCAGUAAAACAUUGGUGGCUCGUGCUCUUGCUAGUGAGUCAAGGAUGAACUUCUUAGCAGUGAAAGGACCAGAACUGUUCAGCAAAUGGGUCGGAGAAUCCGAGAAAGCAAUUCGCGAUCUAUUCUCAAGAGCGAGACAGGUGGCACCCGCUAUUAUAUUCUUCGAUGAGAUCGACGCUGUCGGAAGCUCUAGAGGAUCGGAAAAGAGUUCUGGUGUAUCUGAUAGAGUUCUGGCUCAACUUCUCACUGAAUUGGAUGGACUCGAGAAACACAGUGAUAUUCUUCUAUUGGCCGCCACAAAUCGUCCAGAUCAGCUUGAUAGUGCCUUGUUAAGACCAGGACGACUCGAUCGCGCUAUAUACGUCGGUCUUCCUUGCCCUGCUACACGUCGCGCCAUUAUUAAGAUGCGAACGAAACGCAUGCUUUUGGCUGGUGACGACAUUGUUGAAAGACUUGUUGACAGAACUGGAGGUUAUUCUGGAGCUGAAAUAGUUGCUGUGUGUCGUCACGCUGCGCUGCUUGCAAUGCGAGAAAAUAUUGCUACGACAGCGGUACAGUGGAGUCAUUUCGAUGAGACACUAACGUCAAUUGUACCACGCACAGAUAAGAAAAUGUUAGAAAUUUAUGAGAGAUUUAAACGUGGUGUUGUCUAA